UCGACUUCUUGUUGUGUGGAAGAGAGCGAAGGAUACGGGGCGUCCCACAAGUGUUCCAGACACCGGCGGGAAAUCAGGGAAGGGCAGAGAUGCCUAAGCAGUUAACUCGCCGGCGCCACUUCUUUGUGGUCCGAUGCAGAAGACACAACGCACCAAGGCUGAUGGGUGAGCCAGUGGUGAGCCCCGGUCGAUCAUCACAGCUGUGGGACCAACAAGCGAAAGGUGUCGGCCAGGCUGCAGCAAAUCAGUCUGUCAGUACCGUUGGUCACCACCCUCCUAGUGUGGCACACACACACAGUUCCCUCACGCCUGUGACACACAUCUAUCAUUCUGAAAUAAAUGAGAUUGGAUGUAGCAGUGAAGAAAGUGCACAGCGCUGUGGAACAGAGUCUGUGAAAUUGGAUCGUGGAGGUAGUAGUGGUUUACGGGGUACAUACUACCCCAGCUUUCCUUCAGAACAUCUACAGGCGAUGGAUGACGUGCCCCUGCCGUCUGGCAGCGGUGCCUUCUAUGGUGGACCCCAGCCGUUUCGCUCUCCGGACGAAUACUAUGACAUUUUAGGAAGCUUAAGUGCCACCAGUUCACCACAGUAUCCUGGAACUGGUACAGGUUCUGCUCUGCCUGCUGGGCCUCCUACCUCAUCCAAGGUGGAUAAUGCAUCUUAUGUUGAAGCAUCCAGUGCACCCCUUGCAUUUGGGGAUACACAAGCACCCAUGGAUUUCAGUAGUAAUCCUUCUGGUCUUGCUUUCAGUAGUACUGCUACGGCAACUUACGGACCAACUCCUGAUUAUUCCGAAAGUCAGGGAUACCCACAAAAUGUUAGCAAUCAUCUCAGUUUGCUGAGUGAUGUUACAAUGGGAGGUGAUGCCAGUAGUAGCAUUAGCAAUCAUAGCAAUAGUGGAACUGUUAGUAGCAGCAGCAGCAGCAGUAGUAGCAGUAGCAGCAGCAGCAGCAGUAGUAGUAGCAGCAGCAGUAGCAGCAGCUCUAGCAGCUCAGGUUCCUCAUCAUCAGGGGGGAGCACCAGUUGUGACACGGGGGACAAUGAAGUUCGGAGGAAACGUGUCCACAGCGCCGGUGCCGAGGGCAGUCGUGGAAAGAGUCAGCGAGGGCGAAUGGAGCCUCGUCGUAACGGUUGGGGAAGUACUCACACUCUGCAUCAAAAUGAUGACAGCGAAGAUGAAGAUGGAGACGUUCAUUUGCCUGUUCGCAACACAAGACAUUCUAAGGUUGAUGAUGGUCCCACCGCACCAGAUUUGCAACUUGACUGGGUUUCAUCGUCAGAUUCUGACUCCGAUACAGAUUCAUGCAUUGAGGUAGUGAGUGUUCAUCGUGCAGUUCGAAGAAAUCGAUCCGUCGAUGUUGUUGAUCUAACAAAUGAAAGUGAUGAUGAAGUACUUGUUUCUACUACUGGUCCAACACCCCAAGCUGCACCUACAACACACCAGGUCCCUUCGUCAUCGUCGUCGUCAUCGACAUCAUCUUGUGCAGUUGCUUCUUCAAGUGGAUAUGGAAUGCCCCAUUUAAUGGUUAGGUUACCGGCUCACAAUGCCCAUGCAGCCGCAGCAGCAGCAGCAGCCGCAGCAGCUGCAGCAGGGGCAAGUACUGGUGUUGGCAUGUGUAGGGGUCAUCAUAAUUCAGAACCUGCACAGAAUACACCAUGCUCUUGCCAAAAUGGCCCGACACUGGGGUCUAUUGGACUCAGCGCAAGUGGUACAGCCAGCUACACCAUGGAUCAUCGUGGAAAUUGCUACGGAGCAUGUGUUUACCCACAGCACUCGCCUCAUCAUCACCAUCACCACCACCAUCACAGUAUCACCCCUGGUUUAGGACAUCACCAUCACCACCAUCACUAUUAUCCACCAGAAUCACCGUUAUAUUAUUCAGCUCUUCCUGCUCAUCCUCUGUUUCCUCCAUACCCCCCAACUAGUUUAGCUACGACUGCCUCGUACCCAGCGCACCCAUCUAUCUCCAGGUUGAAUCCCCUUCAUCAGAGGAUAUGGCACAGUCAGCAACGGUUUCAGGAGAUACAGAGACGACGGAUGGAUCCUCGUUUGCGAGACCCCAUUGCCCCAGCUCUCGCAAGGCCAGUCACUCUCCCACAGGACGUUAAUCAGCAUAACCAUCCUGGCGCACCUGUCACUACUGUAGCUUCGCAUAGCACACCUCAUCAAGUUGCCACUUCUCAAUCUUCAUCUACCUCAGCAAAUGCAGACCAACCAGCUCCACCACCAAGUACGACACCUCCAGCUGCAACACCGAUGGAUAUUCAGUCGACACCUCCGAAUGCAGCGCACAGUGCUGCUCAUGCGCCAGCGCAGCACUUGCAUCAUCACAUGGGAGUGGAUUUACUAAUGCCUAGUACCCCAGCACACAGUGAUGGUGCUGGAAUGUAUGGUCAUCUGUAUGGUGGAGCAGUUCCUCCAGCUCACGUUUCAAUGCCGUCAAUACCAACGGCUGCAGCAGCUGCUGCGGCUGCAGCGGCAGCAGCUGCCGCAGCGGCUACAGGUGAUCCCAGGCAUUUACCAGUCCCAGGUCUGCACAUAAAUAUUGGUGGAGGUUCCCAGCUGCCUCUUGAUUUAUCUUUGCCUCCAGCCCUUACACCAGAGCUUCCUCCACCUCCAAGACUCACAUACAUACCUCAAUUGCCACUAUUCCAACGUGGGUCUUUCCCAAGAUUAGAGGAUUAUAUGCGCUUUGUUGAACAUCGACGCCUCCCUGUUGUGACUCGUGGAGCAACUCAAAACACUAUAGAACGAAAUACUUUUCCUCAUAAGUACAAGAAGAUUAAGCGUGGAGACAUUACAGAUGAUGGUUUGGAGAAGUGUACAAUUUGCCUCUCAGAAUUUGAAGAGGAUGAGGACGUUAGGAGACUUCCAUGCAUGCAUCUAUUCCACAUAGAAUGUGUUGAUCAGUGGCUAGCCACAAAUAAAAGGUGCCCUAUUUGCAGGGUAGAUAUAGAGGCUCAUCUUACAAAGGAUUAUUCUGUGACCUCUUCCUGAAAUCAACACUCUAGUAAGAGUGGAAUAUCUUGAAGCCCUUUUUGGCCCUAAACACGCUUGAGAGAUCUUACAUCUUGCAUGUUUGUAAAUGAAUCUUGCUUUGCUCAGUACAGUACAAGCAAGAUGCAGACUGUUGCCUGUGACAAGCCUCGCAAGAAAAUAUGUUGGCGAGAGAAUUGUUUUGUCCAAUUCAUUCCCUCUUCACUGCCUCCCAGUUUGCAAAAUGCUGGACAAACAUGUGAGAUGGAAGCUCCUUGUGUGUUUUCGGGCAUAAAUUCAAAACCAAGUUCUUGUGUCUAGCAGAUAUAUAGGAUGGUUUUAACUGUGAUUAUUCUACAAAAAAAUCAGUUCCGUAUUCUGCCUUUUUCAAAUAUUAACACUUUUUCAGAGUUUAUCUUUAAAAAGAGAAUCUUAUUCUUUUAAGCAAAAUCAAUCGAAUGUAGACUUGGUUGAAAGAGGGAAGAAUUCCCCCUUACUAGAGGAAUUAGUUUAUAUGUAGUAGAUAUAAAAGAAACAUAUUUUCUUUUUCAAUUUUUUCAUAUGAACAUGUAAUUGUCUUCAACGAUUUAUCUAUGUAGUUUGUAUAAUAAACUACAACUGUCAUUGAUGCUGGUGCUCCAAGAUGCUUCAGCAGGACCUGAAGCAGAAGGCACCAGCUUCAGGGACACAUUUACAAGCAUCAUCACUCAUGCCAAUGAAGAGUUGUGGUUAGCUAUUUAACAAAACUUUAGGCGCAUUCUAUUCACAAAAUGAUGAAUAUUGGUUACCAACCUCAGCUUAACUAUUUAGUGAAAUCCGGAUCUGGGUAUCAAACGGCUGUACAUAUUUAACUUGUACAGAAUUAGAUUCAUUUGGAAUGGAUAGAGUUACAGCAGUGCUCAAACUGAAUCAGAUUCAGUUUUUUGUUUGUUUUGUUUGUUUGUUGGUGAUACUAUUUGCACCAGUGCUGAAACCCAGAAUCGGAUUGGCAAGCAAAGGUGAUUUUUAGAAGGCGCCUUUUAUAGUACUGUAAUAUUCUUUCGAUAUCAAUAUCAUGUAAUUUGGUAGCAGUGUUACCCUAUAUGAAACAUCAUAUCUUCCAUUUGUAAUAAAGUUAUAAUAUUUGUUGAAUUGUAAAAUUAUGCUAAUAUAACUACUAUGUUACAGAGUUGGCCAAAGUAGUUGGUAGAAUUGCCCCAAAUAGCUGAUGGACAGUUAAGGGUUUUGCCAAGCUGUGCAAUAAGGUGAUAUGCUUGUGUUGGGCGUGACCGGGAAGACGCCAUUUGUGAGAGGAAAAAUUCUUAACUGCAUUACAUUUUGACUGUGUAAGGUUCAUGCAGUGAUCUGGAACCUUCAGGAUAUGUGAAAACCAAGAACCAAAUCUUAUUGAAACGGGUGUUUAGUUAUCAAGCUUAGGGUGGAGAGAGGAAAAAGUAGAUAAUAAGGAGGGAGGGUGUUUACGGGAUUUUGCCUGAUAUUGCGCAUGUGAUGGAGCCAAAAGAGAAGAUUUUGAAAUAUAUUGUAGUGGGAAAAUCAUUCAUAUGUAUAUAUAUACACUUCCUUUCGGAUUGUAUUAUUUGCAGUUUUGAGCUGUAAAUGGUACUUUUAUUAUUUGUAUUUUAAUUGUUUUUUUCAUAAUUGCAAGCUCACUAAAGACUGAUAUCAGUCUAGAAUGUCUUUUGUGUUUCUUAGAGGAUUAUGUUGCAAGGUUUCUGAUUUGCAUCUUACGAGAUGAAAAUAGAAACCCAUUUAGUCCCCUCACACUCAGGUAUGAUACAGAAAUUUGUCACUUUUCGCCAUGGAUUUAUGCCAGUCCUAAAUUAGGAUGUCCAUGGUGCAUUUAGGAAUGACAACAAGAAUUCUUAAGUAUUUAUGGUGAACUGGUUGAAUGUGAUACAUUAUAGAUUGUAAUAGAUUGCAUGUGGUACACAGUUUAUUUUAUUAUCUUAUUAUGAUUGUAGUAUGUUUCUCUGGAAUUAAAAAUGGAAAAUAGCAUUAUGGAUUCGACUUUGUUAAUUUAGUAGCUCGGUUUUAAUUGUAAUUGUAUAGGUGACAGUUCACUGAGCGUCAGUAUGGGUGAAGUGAGUAUUUUUCAACAGAUAUAUUUUCUAUUAUAUCAUCUUUUACCUUUUUUAUACAUGAAUUAAAGGUAUGAAAUUUGAGUGCCUUUUAUAUUGUUUGAUAGUAGGACUGUCUUGUUUUGUUUCCUUGUUAUCGGGAAUUUUUGUUCUUCUUCCUGUGUUGUACCUGUUUACAAUGAUAGUUCUGACAUUUUAUGGAAAUUCUCACAGAGAACGAACGUUUCACCAGCACUUCCAGGUGUGGGCCUCACUAAUUGUAGUUGAAAGAGAUUUUACCUCAUUAUUUUAUGUUAUACUAGUUGAAAGUAAACUUGAUUAUUCUUUACUCUUGCUGUAGUGAAUACCACUUCUUAUUGCAUAUCCCCUUCUCUCCUCUCGAGGGUAUGAGGUGUUGUGAUUGUUUUAAGUAUUUUCUGACAUUUCUUGAAUUUUAAACCUCUUACUUUCUCUUUGACCCAGCUAUGCUAGAGAGAGAAAACAGGAGAAUGACUGACUAGGGAAGUGUGCGUGUGUUUUAUUUUCCUUACCAUUGUAUGUUUGUAUUUAUGUGUGAUUUGAAAAACUUGCAAUUAUACGGUCUAAAGUUAUAUAUUUGGAAUUGUGUUAGAUUUGUUUCUUAAUCUUAUCCUUCUUUUCUCUUAUCUAAUGUAGUACCAGUACUUCACCAUUAGGGGGUCGAAAGGAGGGAUUACCCCAGUAGCUAGGGUGUAGUUACAGACUGUGGUAAGUUGCCCAUCCCAGUACCCUUUGCCAGCUUGGAUAGGUGCUGUAAGGUAUUUGUAUUUUUUACGUUGAAUGUGUUUAAUAAAUUAAUUUUUACUUA